AUGAGCGUCACAUUUGAAGUCUUCCGCGGGUCGAAGGAAGGAAAGAUUGUGUCGGAUAAGACUACACGCACCAUCGAACACAACGAAGUGUACAUCCAAACCACGCACUCGGGGUUGUGCGGCACCGACGAGCACUUCCUCCACUCCGGGCAAGUUCUUGGCCACGAGGGCGUGGGUGUCGUCCGAAAGAUUGGAGCAGGCGUGACGAAUGUGAAAGAAGGCGACCGCGUUGGCUUUGGAUACACUCACUACGUGUGUGGGAAUUGUGACAAGUGUUUGACAGGCUGGGAUCAAUACUGCGAAAAUAAGAAGGAGUAUGGAAGCCAUGACCACGACAUUGGCUCGUUCGGCGAGGGUGUCGUCUGGGAUGCAGGCUGUGUGGUGCCAAUCCCUGAUGGAUACGACUCUGCCGACGCCGCGCCUCUGAUGUGUGCCGGAGCAACAGUGUGGACGGUGCUGAGAGAGUACGGUGUGCGUCCGACCGACCGCGUCGGAAUCAUGGGGAUUGGAGGUCUGGGCCAUUUGGCCAUCAAGCUAGCAGCUGCCAUGGGAUGCCAUGUGGUUGUGUUUUCCAGCUCAGAAGCGAAACGCGAGGAAGCCUUCGACUUCGGGGCAUCCGAGUACCACGUCUUUCGACCUGGCCAGGAUCAGAUCGGAUUCAAGCCGGUGAAGCAUCUCUUGCUUUGUGGCAGCGCCAGUGUUGACUAUUCCUCUCUUAUCCCGCUCAUGGAUAUUCACGGGUCGAUCUACCCGCUGACUGUGGACCUGACUCCUUCGCCAGUUCCCCUGUUGUCUGUGAAUCAGAAGGGAGUUCGGAUCCAGGGAUCGCUCGUCGCUUCUCGGAACAGCCUUCGCAGUUUGGUGCAAUUCGCCGCAGAGAAAAGGAUUGUGCCGACCACGAUGACAUUCCCACUGGACAAGAGCGGUGUUGAACUGGCUAUGGAGACCCUUCGCUUGGGGAAGAUGAGGUAUCGGGGUGUCUUGGUGCGCUUGUGA